CAGAGACAGAAUCAAAGAGUUAUUAUAUCAAGAUCAGUUCAAUGGCUCUUAUGACACAUCUUAAACUGGGCAAAAAACGAAAAAUAGAGCAUCAUGUAGUAGAUCCCAUCUUGUUAUCUACACUGGAGGAUGGUCCAGAGUUUGCUACUGCUGCUGCUUCUGCAGUUAGUACUACAGAAUCUAUAUCAUUGUCCCCAUCUUCUCUAGCUAAUGAGACUCAAGGACCAUCUGGUAUGAUGUCUAUCGCAAGCGAAAAGAACGAAGCCAUGCAGCCUCCCUUUGUUGAAGUAGAGGGUGAAUUUAGUGAUUACUUUUUCAUGUUGUAUGGUAAAGCUCAUUAUGUUUGUCAAUGCCUUGCAGAUCACAUUCAAAACUCAAACAGACAAAUGACUACACAGGAUGAAAUUAAACGACAACUCGAGGCCUGUCAGAUUGAAAAUAUGGGUCAGCUCUAUGAUCUCUUGAGUCAGAUCUAUGCACGCUUUAUCGAACUUUCUCGACAGGGACUUGAAAAAUUGAGUGUUAUUCAUUAUGUCAAUAUAGUUAAAAACUUUAUUGACAAGAUGAAUAACUUACAAAGGUCAUUUCAUCAUGUAUUGCCCUAUGGCUUGGUGAUUGAUCAUCGUGUACCUUUACCUUCUGUUAUUUAUCAUUUUUAUUUUCAGGUCAUUUAAAACUCCGGUUAAGGCAGUAGUUAGUUGUAAAUAAGUUUAUAGUGGUGGCUUAUUCUUUCUUUGCAUUAUUAAGAGUUUUUUUUUUCUUUAAA